AUGUGUUCGUCUCUUAAUUUUCCUCACCCAACUACUACAGCUGAUGAUCUCGAGGACCUUUACAAGGUCUAUGGGGUUGAUCGUUCCGUCGUUCUUGAUUUGGCCGGUGCGAAUGAGACUCCUGGAACCGUGAGAGAGGGCUAUUACGGGGCUUAUCUCUCCUUUUUCCACUCGUGCGGUCUUCUCUUUCCGAUCCCCGAAGCGAUACUCGAGAUCUUGGCGGAGCUUGGGUUAUCGCUUACUCAGCUUCUCCCGAAUUUUCUCAGGCAUCUUGUCGCUUUUUUGGUUAAGGCUAGGGAAGAGGGUCUUGCUUUUGGUCUUAGUGAGUUUCGUCAGUUCGUUCUGGUGAAGCGGAACAAUCAGACCCCUGGGACCUUCCUUGUGUCUCCACGCCCAGGUCGUCACGUCAUAGAGGAUAUUCCUUACCGUGACGAGAAGUGGCGUGAACAAUUCUUUGUUUUCCGGAUGGAUCGAUCAUCCAUGGGUGACUUCGAUUUCUCCCGGCUUUCUCAGCGUUGGGCUGAGAAUAUCGUUCAUUCUGGAAGUUCUUCAAUGUCGGAUGAGAUCCGCGGUCUGAUGAGGAUCCUUCGGAGAGGUCGCUCGAAUUGGUUCACUUUUGACCGAACUCGGAUCCAGACUGUUUUUGCCUCGCCGGUGGGGACUGGCAAAGCUACUUCAAUCGAGAAGUCUGAAGACGAGGCCGGGCAUUCCCGAGAGGUCGUGGGGGCUCCUUCUGCCCGGGCUCAGUCUUCGGAUCGGUUAAAUAGACAGCUCGUGAGGAGGUCGUCGUUCCGAACUUUCGGGCCUGCGUCGAGAAGUCGAGCUUCAGGAAAGUCUCCCUUAAUCUCGAUCCAUGACUCCGACGAAGAAGAUGCUUCAGAAGAGAGUCGUCCUCCUGUUUCGUUGAGUCCUGGUUUGGAUGACGAGACCGGGGUGGUGACUCGUAAGCGACGUCGAUCGUCGGAGGGGUCCUUGCCUGGUCCAUCUCGUCCUAGGUUUGUUCCUGAGGGAUAUGGUUAUUCGUUUGGAGCUCAAAGUGAUCUAAUUUCCCUUGCUGGUCGUAUGAGGUCCGCGGGUUGCCGUCUUCCAUCUCUUGCUUCAUCAGUCGAGAGGGAAGCCUACGCCAAGGUCGCUGUAGCGAGCUCUAAGGUGAUGGAGGCAUUCAACGAUUAUGUCGUGACAAUGGAAGAUCAUGUCGCGGCUUCCCGGAAUGAUAAAGAAAUCGAAAGCAUUGGUUCUGAGAUCAAGAGGCUUUCGAAAGAGCUUGAAGUCACCAAGCGAGAAGGGAGGGAAGAUGCUGAAAAGAUCGAAGCUUUAACCGAAGACUGGAAGAGAGUUCACCUGGAAAAUAAGGCUCUCGAAUCCAAGAUGGUUGCUCAAAGGGAAAGAAUUGCGGCGCUCAAGGUCGAGAGAGAUCGAGACGUUCGCCGCGCUUCUCGUAAUGCUCGUCGCGAUACUGUGGCCAAGCAUUGGGAGGUUCUUGAAUCCAUGAAGGGUAGGUGGGAGAGCAAGAAAAAUGAAAUAUCUGCUGAGAUUCGGCUGCAGGAAGUGGUCGUGAAUAUCGAUCUCCUGACUGAGCUCAAGGAUGAAGGCUUGACUGUGGACGCAGAACUUGCUCGUUUAAAGGAAAUGGAAAAAGAUUGCGUGGAUCAUCUCGCAGAGGCCGCUGUGCCGGAUUGGUCGAUCUUUGAGUUCGAUCUUCCUCAAGUCUCAGAUGAUUCAGUGGAUCGAGUCGGGGGGUCGUCUGUCCCCGAUGAUUCCGUUUCUAGUUAG